CUUUUUAUCAUUGGGAAACUUAUUUGGUUUGUCCAUCUUGAAUCGAAUCGGAUAUACGCCGAAACAUUGUUCCUUCGGACCGGAUUAAACACAAGGAAAAUUUAUCCAUUUACAAAGGAAGUCUCCUUGACAAGGAAAUACAAAGCCCUUUAAAUUGGAAUCAACAUCAAUUGGAAAAAAUAAGAACAAUGGACUCUGUUAGAAAACUACAGCCAAUUACCACAGUUUUGACUGAGGAAGAGCUCCUUAACGAGGACAACUCCAAUGAAGUUACUGGAUCCCAGGGUCUAACUGUUGAGAGCUUAAAGGUAGCAGCGUUAAGCUUGAAUUCCCCAACCAUGCAAGUGGAGUCCGUUGUUCCACCAUUAAAUAAGAUGCCCGUCGCAGCAGAAGAAGCUGCUAUGGAAGUGGUUGCAGAACCAACUAUAGUACCCCCGCCAACCAUUACUGUACCUAAACAAGUGGAAGCUUCGGGUUCGAAUCCUGUCGAUCAGCAAGCGCGUCCUAAUCGGGAAAAGCCGAGAUGUCCAAUUUGCCGCAAAAACCAUUUGUUAAGGUUUUGCCGUAAAUUCGAGAAAAUGGACCUUGAGCUCAGAUUUCGCAAAGUGGCAUUGCACAAAGUUUGUUAUCGCUGUUUAUUAAGCGGUCAUGUUAGCAAAAAUUGCAAAAGUUCAGCAAAAUGUAAGUUUUGUAAAGAAGCUCACCAUUUUCUUCUCCACCCCAAAACCAAGUCUACAAAAACCAAUGAGCGUCAGGCAGCGUCAUUCGCGGAUGUACAAUUGCGACAAGCGGUUGCUUUUUCCCCGACUAUACAACUUAACCUGUGUUUGCCUCGAAAUAAAGUUUUGGUGAGGUCUGUUCUGGAUCUAUGCUGCCAGAAUAGUUAUAUUUGUGCAGAUUUAGUCGCCAAACUAAGAAUUCCAAAGAUAAAGAUUAAUGAUCAGGAACAUUGUAGAAUCGAAGUUGAAUCGAGGUUUGAGAAUACUCAGCGUAUUAUUGUACUGGCGAGAGUAUAUCAAAUGGAUCGUGUAAAAACACCUCCUCUCACAGUGUCAGAUUUGAUCCUGGAGCCGUUUAAAGGUCUCCAGUUAACCGAUCCCACCUUUAAUCAUUCCGGUCAAGUAGCGUUGGUUUUGGGGCCGGAGAUUGCACCAAUGAUUUUGAGGGACAGGAUUCAUCAGAGCCCUGGGCUUCCACUUGCCCAAUAUAGCAUUUUUGGUUGGAUCAUUACGGGUUUGUCGCCUUACUAAAUAAGAUUCAAAAUCUUAAUAUAACCAGAGUCUCUUUAUGGCUCAACUAGAGUCUCUUUAUGGCUCAACUAGAGUCCCGUAAUGGCUCAACCAGUCU